AUGGCAGCUAAAUUCUACAAAGAACAGCGCGACAAACAGAUUUUGUCCAUCGACUUUUUGCCUUGUCCCAACACGGUCAUCGUAGGGAGGGGCAAAAAGGUGGCCCAACAUGCUGGGAAUGUUCGUUUCCAAGAACUCGUCAAGAAGGAAUUGACUGAGUACAGCGCCGUUGCCACCACCAAGGCAGACAAAUCCAAUAUCAUCCAGCGCGUCUUGACGGAAGUUAGACUCAAGUCGCCUCAUGCGUUUGUCAAGCAGGAUUUGACGACGCUGCGCUGGUAUCGUGUCGAAGAGAAUGCGCAACGAAUCACCACAGCACAAGCCUUUCGCGAUGCUCUCAAGGACAAAUACAAGAGCAGUCGUGUAUUCAAGAAACUCCGAAGAGAAAAAGAAAAGAAAGCAGUGGCUGUCGCCAUGAAUUCAAUGCCACUGGCAAGGCAAGUAGCAGCAUUACAAAACGACCGUCAACCAACGCUGGAAGACGAUACUGCGUCCAACCAGACACCCAGAGGCUUGGAGAGCAAGAUUCACCCAACGCUGGAAGACAAUACUGCGUCCAACCAGACACCCAGUGGCUUGGAGAGCAAGAUUCAGAUGUUGUCCAUCGACUUUUUGCCUUGUCCCAACACGGUCAUCGUAGGGAGGGGCAAAAAGGUGGCCCAACAUCCUGGGAAUGUUCGUUUCCAAGAACUCAUCAAGAAGGAAUUGACCGAGUACAGCGCCGCCACCACCAAGGCAGACAAAUCCAGUAUCAUCCAGCGCGUCUUGACGGAAGUGAGACUCAAGUCGCCUCAUGCGUUUGUCAAGCAGGAUUUGACGACGCUGCGCUGGUAUUGUGUGGAAGAGAGUGUGCAACGAAUCACCAUAGCACAAGCCUUUCGCGACGUUCUCAAGGACAAAUACAAGAGCAGUCGUGUAUUCAAGAAGCUCCGAAGAGAAGAAGAAAAGAAAGCAGUGGCUGCCGCCAUGAGUUGUUCAAUGGAAGCGUCGAAGCUAAAAUAA